CAAUAAACAUUGCAUUGAAAUAAUAAUAAUAGACGUUUCUUCGGCCAUUCUAGGGAUCUCUGGUAAUGAAGGAAAUGUUGCUGGAAGUAAUAAGGGCAAAUUACAACCUGGAACGCUUGAUGAUUUCCAGAAAAACUACCCCCUAGUAUUUACCAAAAAAACUUCGUCACUCCUGACAGAAGCCCUGGGUAUGUUACAUCGGGCAAAAGAUAUCAAAGAAAAACAGUGGCUGGAAGCUUACGUCCACCGUUUAGGGCGUCUGGCUGCUGAGAUGGAACAAUCAUCCACUCCUCGGCAUAAGCCUAAUUUAUUUUUUCAGAAAGAUUACGUUGUACAACCCCCACCUCACAGCGCUAUCUGGACUCGACACAAUGAUCUUCCUGGAGGUUACAACGAUGACAUUUCACAAAAAAAAAUCCAUUCCAUCAACGAGGCACCAAAACUUUUGAAAUCCAUGGCGGAGAAUGACGAGUUAGUCCAGCAACUUCAUAGUCAGCCAAUAAACUCCAAAAUGACUUUCAGCAAUAGUCCUGUAACUUCACAAGUCCCUCUGCAAGAGCCAGCUAUCAAAGCUGCAGUUGCGUCUUCACCAACCCCUGCUCUAUCGACGAACAUUGGAAAUCAAAACUCACUACCAAAGUUGGCUCUUCGUAAAAAACUCCUCAAACAAAUUUUAAAGAAGAUCCAUUUGUUGGAGAAACUUGGAGGAGCCAAAGAAGAUGUAUUAACAAUACUGAAGCGAGAUCAGGAAUAUUUGGACGAUCCGGAAGAAGUAAAAGAUAUGACUGUUGAAGAGGGGGCAGCUGAAGGGGAACUAGCAGCAAAUGAUAUUAUCGAAAACUUAAGAACAGUAGCUCCAUCCGCUGAUGACCUUCCUGCUGAUUACCAGGAGGAUUUAUCUAAAAAGUCAUCGGGAAGUACCAAAGAAGUACCAAUCCCAGUCCUACAGAACGAAGGAUUGGGAAAUGAGCAAGAUGACUCAAUCUACUUGGUAGAUGAACAGGCAAUUCCAACAGUACGAAACGAUGAGUUGAAGAAUAAACAACAUGAUGUGAGCUAUAAAACAGACGAACGGGUAAUUCCAGCCGUACAAAACGAUGAGCAAGAUGAAAUAAGCUAUAACACAGGGGAGAAGACAGUCUCAGUUGUACAAAACGAUGUGAUGAAGAAUGAACAUGACGAAGUGGGGUAUAAAAUAGACGAAAUCAUAAUCCCAGCUGUACGAAACGAUGAGUUAAACAAUGAACAAGAUGACAUAAGCUAUAACACAGGGGAGAAGACAUUCCCAGUCGCACGAAACGAUGUGAUGAAGAAUGAACAAGAUAGGCUGAGAUAUAAUAUGGGUAAAAAUACAGCCCCAGUUGUAAGAAACGAAGAACUUGAGAAGGAACGAGAUAACGAAAACUAUAAGAUUGAUGAUGAACUUGUUCGACAAUUGGAGGAAGAAAAAUUUAUUAUAAUCUCUACCACAACGCCCCUCAGUGGUGACACUAUCGAAUAUAUGAAAACAGAACCAGAAAUGAGAGAUACUAUACAUGGUGUACUAACAGAAAAUAAACACACUCCUCAAAAAAAAGAUACAAGUAAGAAUUCUUUAGAGCAAAUGAUGAAAAGGCUAAGUGAAGAUGUAACCAGGCAUGUUAUGAAAUGAAGAGCGAAUGACGAAAGUAAAUAAUGAAAGUGUUUUUGAAUGGUAGUGUGAUUAAAGAUUAGCAGAAGUAAAUGUAUGUAUAGGAACUUUCGUCUAAGGUAGCUCUAGCUAUUAAAGAACAGAGUUCGUUUAUGAGUUUAAUUUCUCCUAAGGAUGAGAAACCAAAACAUGUUUAGAUGAUAAGUAUCUUAGGUACCCGUUUCUUUCAAUCCGUGUUACAUGUUCAUAUGGCACCAGUGAAAUCUAUCUUAAUUAAAAAACAUUUUGCUGUUGCACCUGUUACGGUUUAUGAGCACAACGAAUUUCAUAGUGUACACAAUUCAUUAAUCUGUGGGGUUUUCGAUUAUUUAUUUUAUUCAGCAUUUACACUGCAAGCUUACCUGUCGUAUUGCCAUUGAAAUCUUUAUUUAUAAAUUCCAGUUUUGUUCCCAUACCUUUAAUGGUAUUUUCUUCAGUAUACGGUAUAUUUUAAACUAGCCAGAAAGUUUUAAGUACCUUUCUUUUAAAUUUUAUUAUCGACUUUUACAUAAAGAAGCUUCUAGACAAAACAAAACGAAAAUCGAUAUUUCUUACGUAAUUUAAUUAACCCUAUCAAUUUAGGAACAGCCAAGGUUUAGUAUCAUAUAGAUUAAGCAAAGAUAUUUUUCUAAUUGGAUUGGUCUAAUCUUAUCCAUUAAUGUGUAAUAAUUUUUAAGUAUCCCCUUAAAUUUAAUUUAUUUCAUAAGUAGUAAAAACAUCAACAUGCUAAUUUUGUAUCAUUAAAACGUUGUACAUCUUUAUUAAAAAAAAGCAUACAUCUAUAAGAAAAGUGUACAGAACAACAUAUAUAACGAGAAACUUUAUUUUGUCAACGACUACUGUCGUUGAAAUCAAUAGAAUCAGUUUACUGGUUAACUUAAAUCAGUAUAAUCACUUUAUUGGUUAACUGAAAUCGAUAUAAUCACUUUAUUGGUUAACUGAAAUCGAUAUAAUCACUUUAUUGGUUAACUGAAAUCGAUAUAAUCAGUUUAUUGGUUAACUGAAAUCGAUAUAAUCAGUUUAUUGGUUAAGUUUUCAAAAGCAAAGCAGGUAUUACGUGUUUGUGGUGAGUAUGUUUCACUUGUAAACUAAACAAUACUAAAAUACGUCGAAUAUUUAUGAAAUACAAUUUUGACGUAUUUGUAAGACAUGUUAGGCCUCUAGUUGUUCGAAUUAAUUUAAAAUUUCGAAAAUUGUUUUUCAUUUAUCGUUUCUUAUAGAAGAAUAUCGUGAUUGUUCUAGCACCAACAUUUUUAAGAUAAUUAAACCGUUAAACAGCAAAACCUUAAUAUAAUUAUUUCUCUUAUGCCAUAGAGCAAAAAAAAAAUAGCUUAGUACUAAUAAUAAGUCAAUAUUUAUUUAUUCAUGUGUCGAGUUGCUUUCAAUGAAAAUGCAUGAAAUUAUACAUAAUAGGUUUAGAUUGAACAUUCAAACUGUUAUAGUAAAUAUCAAGUAUAACCAAUUUUUUUACACAACCUUUUAUCUGUAUUUCUAACACUUAAACGUACUAUUUAAUUAUUUUGCAACCUUAGCUAACUGGUAUUGUAUUCUAGAAAUCUUCGUAUCACUAUAAUGCAGAAACAAAUAACCAGACAUGCUAGGGACGAGGAUUCAUUUUAGUAAAACAUUAAUUGUUUACAAAAAUUAAUUAAUAAAAACUGUUCAGGAGAAGAAUAUACGUAAGUUAAGCACGUAUUUCACCUUCAAGUAACUCGCCAUUUUAGCUCGAUAACUUAAAGGUGUCUCGCACCUUUAAUUGAUAUAGUUGGUGUUUUCAUAAUGACUUGUGUAGCCUUCAUAGAAGAACAAUAGAUAAUGUCAAUGCAUAUUAAAAAUCUAUGUAUGUUACUAAAAUAUCAGUCGCCAAGCUUUCUUAAUAGAAACAAUAACAUUAUGUCGAUAGUUAUCACUAGCAAUUAUAAUCACAGAGUUUUUUGUUUUGAUUUUUUGUAAGUUGUGUGUAUAAAACGUUGUCUCAAAUAAAUGUGAAAAUUUCAUGUUUGA